AUGGCGGAGGAGUGGGCCCCCCAGCUGGUGGACUACUUCGUGGUGGCCGGCCUGGUGGACACCUCCAAAUCGCUGGAGGAUGAGAGCCAGGCCUCCCGUCCGGUCCGCCCGAGUGAGCCCAUUGUGGAUGUGGCCGUUAUCGUCCGCUCGCAAGGCGAAGAGGUGCCCCACGGCUUCACCUGCAUCGAUCGGACCACCGCGGGGCACCCGGUGGAGCUCAACACCAGCCUGCUGAACAACCCCCAGAUGUUCAUCUGCUACCGGCGGGGGCGGGAUAAACCCCCCGUUGUGGAACUGGGGGUGCAUUAUGGUGGGAAGGACCAGCCCAAACCGGGCUACAAAAUCAUCGACACGACGCCGUACAGCCACUCGGCGAACCUGGCCUCGGGAGCGCCUGGUCACCAGCACACUUUCCUGACGUACCGGCGGGCCAGCGAGGGGCAGGCGUACAGCGCCUUGGGGAUCAUGGACAUCUGCCUUAUCAUGCCCAGCAAAGGGGAGAGCACGCCCCACACUUUCUGCCGGGUGGACAGGAACCUCAACGCCGGGAUGUGGGGUCCAGCCCUCUAUAUCUGUUACAAGAUGGCGCUCGCUAAAGGGAACACCCUGGUCUACGAAGCAGGUCUCCUCAGCCGCUACCCGGAGGAGGACAACGAGGUUUUCCCCCUCCCCGAAUCGGUGCCCGUCUUCUGCCUCCCCAUGGGGGCCACCAUCGAGAGCUGGCCGGCCGAGACCAAGUACCAGCUUCCCAUCUUCUCCACCUUCGUGUUGACUGGUGCUUCCGGGGACAAGGUUUACGGGGCUGCCAUGCAGUUUUACGAGUCCUUUCCCCGGGAACGCCUCACCGACCGGCAGUCCGUGUGCCUCAACCUCCUCACCGUGGUGGACCGGCGGCCCAUCACCAACAAGUCCGUGCAGACCCGGAAGAGCAUCUGCGUCCUGUCUCACUGGCCUUUCUUUGACGUCUUCCGCAAAUUCCUCACCUUCCUCUACCGCUACAGCAUCUCCGGACCCCACGUGUUGCCCCUUGAGGCGCAUAUUUCUCAUUUCAUGCACAACGUCCCUUUCCCGUCCCCGCAGAGACCUCGGAUCUUGGUCCAGAUGUCGCCCUAUGACAAUCUGCUUCUUUGCCAACCUGUCUCGUCCCCGUUACCUAUCAGUGGGGCCAGCUUUCUCACCCUCCUUCAGACCCUGGGCCCCGAACACGCCGUGGCCCUGAUGGUGGCCGUCUUGACCGAACAGAAGCUGCUCAUCCAUUCCCUGCAGCCGGACGUCUUGACCAGCAUCGGAGAAGCGUUGGUCUCGAUGAUUUUCCCUCUGUGCUGGCAGUGCCCGUACAUCCCUCUUUGCCCGCUCACCCUGGCCGAUGUGCUGUGUGCCCCCGUGCCCUUCAUCGUGGGGGUCCACUCCAGUUACUUCGACCUCUACGACCCCCCGCACGACGUCAUCUGCGUGGACCUGGACACCAACACCAUCUUCCAGUGCGAAGAGCGGAAGCUGUUGUCGUCACGCUCUCUACCCCGGAAGCCGUGUAAAGUGCUGCUGGCGUCGUUAAACUCCCACUACCAACAACUGGAUGAGAUGUACAACCGUCCUGUGGAGGAGGCCUCCUUGGAGUUCCUGCUGACCGACUACGACCUCAUUUACGGGCGCCGGAAACAGCUGGAACUGGACAUCCGAGGGGCGUUUCUACGAUUCAUGGCUUGUCUGCUGAAAGGCUAUCGUAGCUACCUCCGACCCAUCACCCAGGCCCCUUCGGAGAAAACCCGGGACUCCAGCAGUCUGUUUUUCCUGCAAGGCUUCCUGAAGUCCCGCGAGCGAGCCUACCACAAAUUCUACGGGCAGCUUUUGCGCACGCAGCUCUUCACGCAGUUUAUAGAGGAAUGCUCUUUCGUCAGUGACCGCCACGCUUGCUUGGAGUUUUUCGAUUCUUGUGUCGACAAGGUGCAGGUGGAUUUAGAGAAAGCAGAGGAAGCUCCACUAAUUGAACUGGACGACGUCCAGGGCAGCGAACACACCGUGUUUAUUAUGCCCCCGGAAGAGCCCACCGGGCCCAACGGCUUGGAGCUUCCGCCGAGUUACCAAUAUGACGGCUUCCCCAUGCUCCAGACCAAGCUGUUUCAGCGGCCUCAGGACCAGCUCAUGCCCCCGCUGUGCCAAGCCCGCACCAGCGCCCCCAGCAGCCCUGCCCCUCGCCGGACCCAGCAGGUAAAAAUUGCCAGGCCUUUUUUUAAUUUUGCAAUCCAGCCCUCUGAAAUUAAGGUGGCCCAGAAAGUUGCGCAGAAAUAUUCCUCCGUGCCGGAUAUGUGGGCUAAGUGCCUGCUGGGUCACUGCUACGCUUUGUGGUUUAUCACGCUGCCUGCCUACGUCCGAAUGGUGGCCCCAAAAGUACAAGCGCUGCACGUCGCAUACGAGGUGCUGAAACAGAUGGAGACCAAAGAGGUGGUCCUGCCGGACGAGGUGUGCUACCGUAUCCUGAUGCAGCUCUGCGGCCAGUACGGGCAACCGAUACUCUCCGUCCAAGUCAUGCUGGAAAUGAAACGGGCCGGGAUCGUCCCCAACACCAUUACCUACGGCUAUUACAACAAGGCCAUUUUGGAGUGCAAGUGGCCGUCCAGUAGCCAUGGUGGCCGUCUUCGCUGGGCCAAGCUCCGCAACGUCGUCCUGGGGGCCGCCCAGUUCCGGCAGCCUCUGCGCCAGCGUCAGCGCCAGCAGCAGGAGGUAGAAUCGCAGAGUUUCGGCCUUCCAACAGACAGCAAAGAAGCCAAACCCCCCAAAUAUCAACCCCGCACCGGCCUGCAGCGGCAGACCACCUGGUCCGGGAGCAGCUUACGAGAGAAUCCGCAACCUGCUUCCCUCGCAAAGAGCGGCAGCCUGACUUUUCCCAAACAGGAAACGCCGGUGGGCAUAAUCCCAGCCGGGAAAACGCUGGGUAGUCCCAGAGCCGAAAGCAAUAAUACACUGUCAACACUUCCUCCCUGGCUGCGCGGUGCACGGGAUGGGCCUGGAAGCUCGGAGGGCAGCAGUCUUUCUGACAUCAGCAGUUUCUUGACGGACGAGAGUGACAGGUUAACACUGAGCAGCGUGGAGACCGGACAACCAGAGGGAGCUACUCCAGGGUCAGGCCAGGCUAUUGAAAACCGUCGCCUGGGGAGUACCCCUCGCCGGAGUCUGACCGCCAAACUUCAGCAGUUUCUGUCUCCCAUUAAGCGACCGUCUCUGAAGCACGGUUCCAGCGGGGAGCUCUCCCACGGGCGCGGCGGAUCCGAGCACCGAGAAUACUCCUCUCGCCAGAGUCCGCUGGAGGGUCACUUGCUGCUCCCCCCGGAACGUCCACGAUCCACAGCCUCGGAGAGUUCGGCCUCUCUGGGUAGCGAGUACGAUCUCUCGGAUACGUCCGUCUGCAGUUUCAACCUCCGGAAAUCCAGUGAUCGGUUGUCGGAGCCUCCGGCAGUUGAGGUGAUUCUUUCCAGUUGUUCACGAUGCCAAGCUUGCAACUUGCUGGUGUACGACGAAGAGGUGAUGGCCGGGUGGAGUUCGGACGACUCCAACCUGAACACCACCUGCCCCUUUUGCGGACGUCUCUUUGUGCCCUUCCUCAGCAUCGAGAUUCAAGAUUUCCAGAUGGUUUCUCUCAGCAAUGCUGAUGCUUCUGACACAAGUUCGGUGUCCUCAGACUGGCCCCGGGACAACGAAGCCCCCUUGCCAGGGGGCCAAGGCCCGGUGCUCAGCGAUCGGUCCCAAUGCCUCCUGCUGGACGAGGCAGAGACGGAUCCCCGGCGGAAAUCCAGGAACGGGUCCCUAUGCAACGGCUUCAGCGAACCCCCGGUGCCUCAGGGUCCUGCCACCCACGUGGAACAGCUGGCUUUUGCCUACCUCAGCCCCCUGGUCCUGCGUAAGGAGCUGGAGACCCUCCUGGAGAACGAGGGAGCCGUGUUCUUAUCUCAGCCAGAGCUGGUGGACAACCAUCCCAUCAUCUACUGGAACCUGGUGUGGUAUUUCCAGCGGCUGGGCCUCUGCAGCGGCCUGCCUCAGCUGCUCCUGGCUUCCAAGCACGUCCAGACGGCCUCCCAGGUGCCGACUCCGGAGGGCCCUUUCGUCAACGUACGCUUGCUCUGGGACGUGCUGAGUUCCGAUCCCGACAGCUUUCCCCCUCUCUACGUUCUCUGGAGGCUGCAUGGCCAGAUUCCCACACGGUUGCAGAAUUGGCGCAAGCAUAACCACCCGUUCUCGCUCUCCUUCCUGGAAGCCGUCAUUAACUAUCUUGGCCUGGGCGAGAUCCACAAAGCCAUCGUCCUCUUCAUAGAAAAAGUGGCAGAUUGUGCCAGCCCUGGGCUCUUACGGAGGAGUGUUUACCGUGAAUUUCUCUUUCUGAAAAUAGCCGCGCUGGGCAGGGAACGUGUGGACAUCGCCGAAUUUGACAAGAAGUACAAGUCGGCCUUUUCGAAGCUGGCCAGCAGCAUGGGGAAGGAGCCCCUCAAACAGCAGAGGGCCCAGCCCCUCACCACCAAGGCCAUCGAUUGCCGGAAGAGUUUCGGGGCCAACCUGGAGUGCUAG